CACUUGUUAAACGAGUUUGCUUUUAAUUGCUUUCUGCCAUCACACCAGCCCUUAAAACCCCAAGUAUCAUUGUGGUUAGUCCAUUUACCUGAGAACCUCUGAUCAGGACAAAAGGAGUGCAGAAGUUCCUUUACCACUGUUAACAUCGACAGCCCUUACAUCAGCACACUAUGUAUAGACCCGUCGCACCUUCCCGCACAUCUCUGCCGCUGUGGAUGAUCGCCCUCAUUGUGUUUGGAGUAUUGGCAGUUCUGGGAAUAACUAUUGGUCUCCUGGUUCAUUUUCUGGCAGUAGAAAACACGACCUACUAUUACAUGGGUAGUUUUAAUGUGCUGGAUAUUCCAUAUAAUAGAAAUUAUGAAAGGGAGACAUCACCAGAAAAUAACUAUCUUAGCAAAAUUCUUGAGACUAAGAUGACUGAUGCAUUUCAGAGUUCUAGCAUUUAUAGACAAUAUAUCAAUUCCCAAGUCAUCACACUAGUUCCUAAUGACAACAGUGUGACAGCACAUAUAUGGCUGGUAUUCAAGGCUCGUAGAUCAGUGAAAGAAGACACAAGAAGAAGAAUUGAAAAUAUCUUACGUCAAAUGCUGAGGAACCACUCAGGAUCCUUGACUACAGAUCCUGAUUCUCUCAGACUCCAUGAAAUCAGUAAGGUUCAUGCUGAAAAGAUUAUCAACAACCGCUGUGGGAGGCGACCAAGGAUGUCAGCCACCUAUGACAGAAUCAAGGGGGGUUCCACUGCUCAGGAAGGAGAGUGGCCGUGGCAAGCAAGUCUCAAAAAGAAUGGCCGACACUACUGUGGGGCAUCUUUGAUCAGUGAAAGAUACCUGGUGACUGCAGCUCACUGCUUUCAAAAGACAAAAGAUCCAAGAAACUAUACUGUCAGCUUUGGCACCAAAGUAAGCCCCCCCUAUAUGCAACAUUAUAUUCAACAAAUUAUUAUUCAUGAAGACUACGUCAGGGGUGAACAUCAUGAUGAUAUUGCAGUUAUAAUGCUUACUGAAAAAGUUUUAUUUAAGAAGGAUGUACAUCCAGUUUGUCUUCCUGAAGCCACACAGAUUUUUCCACCAGGUGAAGGUGUUGUCGUUACAGGAUGGGGAGCACUUGCACACAAUGGUGAAUACCCACUGCUACUUCAGAAAGCACCUGUGAAGAUUAUUGAUACGAACACCUGCAAUGCUGAAGAAGCAUAUAAUGGUAUGGUCAAAGACACAAUGCUAUGUGCUGGGUACCUAGAAGGAAAUAUCGAUGCCUGCCAGGGUGACUCUGGAGGACCACUAGUUCAUCCCAAUUCUCGAAAUAUUUGGUACCUUGUUGGCAUAGUGAGCUGGGGAGAAGAAUGUGGUGAAGUCAAUAAGCCGGGCGUCUAUAUACGAGUGACCUCCUUCCGCCACUGGAUUGCCUCUAAGACUGGUGUCUAAGAGAAGAGGACCUUGUAGCCACUGUCUUCUGUCAUUUUGGCCUGUUACUCUAAGCAUUUUAAAUCAGUGUGUACAAUGUCUGUUUUGAGAGAUUUUUGGUCAUGUGGGAAUAUUUAUGAGCCUUGAUUUUAAGCUGACACUGAAAGGCAAAACAAGAAAUCUCAAGUUUAGCUGAGAAAAAGUCUAAGAAAGUGUUCCCAUAAAAAAUGUGCAAUUACUAUCUGUCUUCUAUUUCAUGCACCCACACCAUGGUUAUCUCAGCACAGCAUAAAGUUCUUGGUUUCUGGUCAUCCAGACUUUCUAGAAUCAUGAAAGUAUGGCCUUGUUCGUUGUGAGUUAGCAAGCAGCACAGAGAGACUAGAACCAAUACCUUCUGAGGACUGGGCUGGGAACACGCUGUAUCGGCCCACAUUUCAUGGAUUUUAUGGCAAGGAUAGAGUUGUGAACUAAAUCUGAUCUGAAUUUAGGCACUGACUUAGAGUCUUCUACUUGUAGUAGCAUCUUGCUAACUCUUGUAAUCGCUGUGAAAGAAUUUCACUGUCAGCAAAAUGAGACAAGACAACACCUCUUUUAUUUACAGACACCAGACACACUAAUUCUGCAGUGUUGAUACAGAUUUCUACAGACAUUCUUCAUUUGUGACAUACAUUAAAAAAUAUCUAUGAACUAGGAAAAUGUAUUUUA